AUGCAGUCCCUCACCGUGCGCCCCGCCGUGUGUGCUCGCCCCAUGGGCGCCCGGGUUGCGGCCCGCCCGGCUGCUCGCCCCAGCCGCGUGGUGAUGAUGUCUGCUCCCAAGAAGGAGGCCAUUGAGGCCGCCAUCAAGGAGGCUGAGGAGUCGUGCGCCGGGGGCGCCAGCGGCGAGUGCGCCGCGGCCUGGGACACGGUGGAGGAGCUUAGCGCUGCUGCUGCCCACGCCAAGGCUGCCUCCUCCAGCACGGACCCCCUGGAGGACAAGCGUGUGAACGAGUACUGCGAGGAGAACCCGGCUGAGCCCGAGUGCCGCGUGUACGACGAGUGA